AUGGCGACAUUUACCAGGAUCGACGAGAGUGAAUCUCCUUCUAUUAGCAUUCAUCCUGCACACAAGAUCGCCAAGAUCAACGACAACAUCUAUGGCGGCUUUACAGAGCACAUGGGACGCUGUAUAUACGGCGGUCUCUACGACCCCGGAAACCCUUUGUCAGAUGAAGAUGGGUUCCGAACAGAUGUGAUUGAUGCAUUCAAGGACUUGAAUGUGCCAGUAGUUCGCUACCCCGGCGGCAACUUUGUUGCAACAUACCAUUGGUUGGAUGGUGUUGGGCCCAAGGAGGACAGACCAGCCAGACCAGAGCUAGCCUGGAUAGGUACUGAGACCAAUGAGUUCGGCACUGAUGAAUUUAUGAAGUGGUGUGAGAAAGCCGGCACUGAACCGUACCUCUGCUUGAACUUUGGAACCGGUACCUUGGACGAAGCUCUUGCAUGGCUCGAGUACUGCAACUCAGACCGUAAAACCUACUACGCCAACCUUCGCCGCAAGAAUGGUCGCGAAAAGCCAUACAAUGUUAAAUACUGGGCUCUCGGGAAUGAAUGCUGGGGCCCUUGGAACGUGGAGCAGAUGACCAAAGAAGACUACGCAAAGAAAGCCUACCAGUGGGCCAAAGCUCUCAAACUCCUCGACCCAAACAUCACCCUCAUCCUUUGUGGCGAAACUGGUCACACAUCGUGGGACUACCAUGUCAUCAAAGAGUGCGUCAAGUGGGAUGCCAAUGGUCUCGCAGGUGAUCACACAAAGACUCUCAUCGAUAUGCAUUCCAUCCACAUCUACACCGCUGACAAAGAACAUCUUGCCAAUGCCGUCGCUCCAAGAUCAGCAGAGCGUGCCAUACAAGUAGCAAUGUCUCUCAUCGACUUGGCACGUAUCGAGAACAAAGUACCUGCAGGCGUGCCCAAACCCACAAUCUGCUUCGAUGAGUGGAACGUCUGGGAUCCUGUAAGAGCACCGGGUGAGGAGGGUGGUGAAGAAAAGUACACUCUCUCCGAUGCACUCGCUGUUUCAGUCUUCUUGAACGGCUUCAUCCGUGAGGCGAAGAAUCUCGGUAUGGCUACUAUCGCACAGUCUGUCAAUGUCAUCUCGCCCUUGAUGACCACGAAGAGCGGACUCGUCAAGCAGACAAGCUGGUGGCCGCUAUGGCUCUUCAGCAAGUACAUGCGUGGCCAUACCAUUGCGCUGAACGUACGGGCCCCAGAAUACACGGGUCGUACCAACCCACACUGGAUUCGCGAUGUGAUUGAGACGCCCUAUUUGGAUUGCAGUGCAACGCUAGGUGAUGAUGGAUACGUAAAUCUUGCUGUUACAAACGUCAGCGAGGAGCGUGACCUUGAAGUCUCUUUGCACGGGCUCAAGGCGAAGAACGUGCAAGUCUUCACAGUGACUGGCGACAAUGUAAAUGUCACAAAUACGAUGCAGGAACAAAAGGUUGGUAUCAAGGAGAGCUGCUGGGAUGGCGCAGGCGCCUACACUUUUGGAAAACAUUCAUUCACUCUGCUGAGGUGGAAAGAGGCCUAG